GCUUUUACGAAAUUAUUUUAUUGUUAUUGCGAAAUAAGUGAUGAUGUUUUCCCAUAUUUUCCAUCUAUGAGCAGCUCAAACGAAGAUAGUUCAUUGAGCGAACCUACAUUACGUGUUAAAAAUUACAAAACUUUUUCUCAAAACGCUUCAGAAGAACUAGAAAAGUAUAUCAGAAAUAUUACAAAUGAUGUUCAAGAGCAAACAAAACAGACGCCGGGAACAUUUGGUUGCUACGGAAGUCCAAAUGAGUUCCUGUUGUCAACGAAGCCUCGAGUUUCUUCUUCACCAAAGGUAGAAGGAAUUUUCGUUGAAGAACAUAGAGCAAUGGAGAAUGAUUUGGUACGAUGGGUUAACGAUUCUUAUGUAAAAGAUUUAAAAAGGAGGAUUGUACCUUUUGGUGAAAGCAGUAUAUCAAGUUUGGAGGAUACAAAGACAGUUACAGACCAUGAAUAUCUAGAAGGAGAUGACAAACAUCAACAUGAUGAUUCAAGUAGUCUUAAUGACGAAGAUAUGGAGCUGUCAACUCUUCCUUCUCCAAACAGUGUUUCUGACUUUGAAAGCAUUGCUGGUAGCAUCAUUACAGAUAUGCUAGUGAAAGGUUUUUAUAAAAGCACAAAACAAGAAAUUCCUCAUCCCGGAUGGAUAAAUGAAAUUUUGGAACCUAAAGACUAUCCCAGCUGGAUUGAUGAUAUUCAUGAAAGCAAAUAUGGAAGUAAAAUAUCACCUCCAAGAAUGCAUCCAAGAAGAAAAGAAAGAUUUUCAAGGUCUUUAUCUCCAUCCAUCUUCGAACAACAACUCUUUUCAAGUGAUCAGUCUUUUCCUCAAGUUGCUUUAUCACACAAGACAAGAGAUGACGCAAAAGUUGAUGACUGGAAAAAACAUAUGAGUUGGGACUUAGAAAGCUCAAGCACUGAUGUAUUGGUUGGUGAGUCCAUAUAUGGUCAUAAUCCAGUUAACAUGGGAGGGGACCUUCAUACCUCUUUAUAUCAUGAUAAAAAGAUCAGUGACCUACGGAAGCACAGUGUCAAGAAAUAUGCAUCAGAUAUUCAUGAUUCUCUGUCAAAAGAAUUGUCAUUCAUGAUGGAUGAAGACAGUCGAGAACUUUCUGCUGCAUCAACAGUGAAUCCUAAUGAAAAGCUAAGAAAAUCUUGGCAUUAUGUAGAUCAGUCUUUAGAAAAAAGGUUGCCAGGUUCAAACACUGCAAGAUUUUCAUCAAAAGAUCCAUUCGUCCAUCACUAUGGCUCUGGGAAACUUGGGAACAAUACAGCAACACCCCACCUAAACAAUUCGCCCAAAACUUUUGCCAGAAAUCAUUUACACACAAAGAAAGAUUCUGUAGAUUCAAAUGAUACUAACACAAUGAUUAGACAAAGUCCAACUGGCAUAAGAAUGAGCAGAAGAAAUAAAGAUAAGUCUAGUAAAUAUGCUUUUCAAAUAACUCAUACUACACCUCAAAAAACCCAUACUGUAACUCAUACUACCCAAAUUGUACCUCAGACCACCUAUACUGUACCUCAAGUGACCCAUAGUGUACCUCACACCACCCGUACUGCCUCAAACCACCCGUACUGUACCUCAAACCACACGUACUGUACCGCAAACCACCUAUACUGUUCCUCAAACGGCCCAUAGCUUACUUCAAAAGACCACCAAUAGUCCACAUUCAUACCAUAGCGCCAGUGCCAGACUUCAAAUGAUCAUUGAUACUGCUGAGGAUUCAAAGAAGGAGAGAAAAAAUACUCAAUAUCUCAAGAAAAGGUUAGGCAAAAGAGACUUAAGUCAUAAAAUAUCCACACACGGUACAUACAGUCCGUUAAGUCUACGGUCUUCACAAUUCAUCGACGAAUAUGGUGAGAAACAUUCAUUUUCGAAUAAACCGAAACCCAAUAGUCUUUCUACAAAUACGCUUUUUAAAAAUUGAUCGAACGAACCUAGAUUCUCCUGCAUCUAAGAUUAAUCCUCAAUUUAAGAUCCGUAAUUUAAAAUCCGGGCUCAGGAUGAGAACUAAAU